AUGUUUAAAAAAUUAACAUUGAAACCAGGCUCUUCAGCCAACUCUCAAAUAGCCAAUUCGAUGCAAAGAAACAUCAAGAAUUCAAUCCUUGCAUUAUACCCAAACCUCACUCAAUACCAAGAUGAAAUCUUCCCAAAGAAAGUUGCAAUCGUUCAAGUUAAAUGCCAAAAUCAUAUCAACAUUGUCUUAAUUAAUAAUGAAAUCAUUUUCUUUAAUGAAAGAGAAGGACCAUAUUACCCAACCUUAAGAUUCUUACAUAAAUAUCCAGAUAUGAUGCCAAUAUUACAGGUAGAUAGAGGAGCCAUUAAAUUUGUAUUGUCAGGUGCUAAUAUUAUGUGUCGUGGUUUAACUUCACCUGGUGCAAGAAUUGAAGUUGAUUUACCUGCAAAUUCUGUCGUUGCCAUCAUGGCCGAGGGCAAGACUCAUGCCUCGGCUGUUGGUCUUACUAAAAUGUCAACUAGCGAUAUCAAAUCGAUAAAUGAUGGUAUGGGUGUGAUCAAUCAACAUUAUUUGGGCGACAUUGGUUGGGUUAUUGAUUACAUCACAUUGCAAUGUAAUCUGAUUGAAAUCACAUCAAAAAAAUCGAUUCCUGCUUGGAAAAAGUAUCAUCAUGAACCAUAUAAAUGGAUGAAUAAAUUGUUCAUUCAUCAAACUAAACAUAGAUCAACAAAAUUAGGCAUAAGACCAAUCAUCACUCAACAAACUAUAUUUUCCAAACAUCCAAAAUCAAUUUUCCAUCCAUCCAACCAACUACUAUUUUAA